GGGGCGGAGAGAUCAGGAGGUUCGGAGAACCCCUAUCCCACCUAUCCUUGCCCCUUCCCCUGCCCCUGCCCCUGCCUCUGCCCUGCACCCUGCCUGCGGGAUAGCAGGGAAGCGGGGCGGCCUGCCCUCUGUUUUUGGCCUGUUCUCUCAGCGCCCCCUGGCUCCUCAGCCUUCUUCCCUUUGUCUUUCUUUCCCUCGGCCUCAGAUCCGGGACCAUGGCUCAAAAGCAGACUGCCCCGAGCCCGGCCGAACUUGAGUUUGGGGGGCCCCUGGGGACCGCUGCCCUGAUGCUGCUGCUUCCUCUCACCCUCUUCCACCUGCUCCUCACCUGCCACUCGGGGCCCUGUAGCCUGCUGAGUCUGCCCUCUGAGCUGCCCCCGAUCUCUGCCUUCUGGAGUUCCGGGGCUCUGCUGCUGCUGCUGUUCUGGCUGGGGUUCCAGGCCACGCUGUACCUGCUGCCCAUGGGCAAGGUGACCGAGGGCAGGAUGCUGAGAGACAAGAGCCACCUGCAGUAUCCACUUAAUGGGUUCCGGUGCCUGGGGCUGACAGCCCUGCUGGUGGGACUGGGGCUGGCUGGGGGCCUGCCCUUUGGGAACCUCUCAGAGAUGCUCCUGCCACUGGCUUCAGCAGCCACAGUUAUAGCCUUCUUCCUCAGCCUCUUCCUCUACCUCAAGUCCUUUACGGUGCCCCCCUCGGCCCUGGCCCCUGGGGGAAAUUCAGGGAACCCCAUUUAUGACUUCUUCCUUGGCCGAGAACUCAACCCUCGAUUUGGAUCCUUUGACCUCAAAUAUUUCUGUGAGCUGCGGCCAGGAUUGAUCGGUUGGGCCUUGAUCAACCUGGCUCUGCUGUUGCGGGAGGCUGAACGCCAGAGGGGUUGGCCUUCCUUGGCCAUGGGGCUGGUCAGUGCUUUCCAGUUCAUCUACGUGGCUGAUGCUCUCUGGUAUGAGGAGGCAGUUCUUACCACUAUAGACAUCAUCCAUGAUGGCUUUGGGUUCAUGUUGGCUUUUGGGGACCUGGUCUGGGUCCCCUUCAUCUAUAGUCUGCAAGCCCAGUUCCUUCUCAAUCAUCCCCAGUCCUUGGAGUUGCCUGUGGCCGGGGCCAUCUGUCUGCUAAAAGGGCUUGAGACCAUCCCCACAGCAACUGGGCGGCACUUGCUGGUAUCAGGGUGGUGGGGCAUGGUCCGUCAUCCAAACUAUCUUGGAGAUCUCAUCAUGGCUCUGGCCUGGUCCCUGCCCUGUGGGGUGACACACCUCCUUCCCUACUUCUACUUUUUCUACUUUGUCAUCUUACUGGUGCACCGAGAGUACCGGGAUGAGCGCCAGUGCCUCCAGAAGUAUGGCCUGGCUUGGCGGGAAUACUGCAGGAGAGUGCCUUACCGCAUAGUGCCCUACAUCUACUGAGCCAGCCUGGCUGGCCAUGACCAACGGAUGAGCAGGGCUGGGGGGGCCCUGCGCUCAGCUCCCCAUUGUUGGAGCUUUCCUCCCUAGACUGAUCAAGUGGUUCCAGCUCCAAGUUUAGGUGCAGAUGGCACCUUCUCUUUCACUUCAGGCCCCUUGGGUGGCUGGACAUACUCUCCUAUGACUAUGAGGAGGGAAGGUGGCAUGCAGGUGGGCACUCUGAAUAGAGCUCUGAUGGUU